CAGCGCCGAACGAGAUCUCGCACUUUCAACCGGGUUCCGCUGCUGACCGCACCACCAACUUGUCACCAAAGAUGGCGAUUUGCUGAGUGCUCAUGGAUACACACAUUUUACGGCUAGCCGUGAUCCUACCAGAAACGUCAACUGUAAAAACACACUAACCGCUCAACGAGCCGAUACUUAGUCGUCGGAAGAACACCGGGAGCACCGUUGGCCACCGCCACCAUGCAAAUCACACUAAAAACACUGCAACAGCAGACCAUUCAAAUUGAGAUAGAUCCCGAACAAACGGUGAAGGCCUUAAAAGAGAAGAUAGAAGCAGAAAGGGGAAAAGACAAUUUUCCUGUGUCUGGACAGAAGCUGAUAUAUGCUGGAAAAAUUCUUCAAGAUGACACGCAAAUUAAGGACUAUAAAAUUGAUGAGAAGAAUUUUGUUGUAGUCAUGGUGUCCAAGGCUAAGACAGCAGCUGCUGCCGCCACACCUCCUGCUUCCGAAGCAUCAAAAACUCCAGCCCAGGAUUGUGGUUCCACAUCAUCAGGCCCCACUUCAACCCCAACCUCGACCCCAGCCCCAACAUCCACCCCUGCAGCUGUCCUCACCCCCCCGGAGGAGGUUAAGGAAGAGCCAAGUGUUACAGCAACAGAAACCCCUCAACCAGCCAGUUCCAGCGGAGGGAGCCAAGGUUUGGAUGCCUCUUCUGCGCUGGUGACAGGCGCAGAGUAUGAAGCAAUGCUGACAGAGAUCAUGUCCAUGGGCUACGAGAGGGAGAGAGUGGUGGCGGCACUUCGGGCGAGCUUCAACAACCCUCACAGAGCCGUGGAGUACCUUCUCACUGGUCUCCCGAGCAGCCCGAUCCAGGACACGAAUCCCCCGGCGCACACGCCAGCAUCCGGACCCGCAGAAGCGCCGUCUCUAGCGGAAGGGGAGAACCCCCUCGCAUUCCUGCGGACUCAGCCCCAAUUCCUUCACAUGAGGCAGGCUAUCCAGCAGAACCCGGCCAUGCUCCCGGCUCUUCUGCAACAGCUUGGCAGGGAAAACCCGCAACUCUUGCAGCAAAUCAGUCAGCACCAGGAGCUGUUCAUCCAAAUGUUGAACGAGCCAGUGGGCGAGGGCGGGGAGGCGCCAGAAGUCGGCGAGAUAGGGGCGGCGGGUGAGGAGGGUGCGCCCGUCAACUAUAUCCAAGUCACACCUCAGGAGAAGGAAGCCAUUGAGAGGCUAAAAGCACUCGGCUUCCCCGAGGCGCUCGUCAUCCAGGCCUACUUCGCCUGCGAGAAGAACGAGAACCUGGCCGCCAACUUCCUCCUCAACCAGGGCCUGGAAGACGACUGAAGAGCCGAGACGGGACGGCCACCUUCCCGCUCCUCCGUUCCCACCCCCUCCCCUCUUCAAAGACUGCACCCCCCCUCCCCCCAAUUUACCUGUACAGCCACCAACCUCAGCUCCACUCGGCGGGGAGGGGCGAGGGGCGAGAGCCAGAAGGGAGUGGGGUGGGGUGGGAUGGGGUCGUGGAAGGUCGCGUGAAAGAGAGUGGACAAAUCCACGUGAAUUCCAAUGGAAUGUGUGGGCUUUGUUUAGGGGACAUCCAACCAUUUGAUUUUAGAUGCGCUUUGCGAACUCUUAAAGGGGGGGGGGGGCUGAAGUUGCUGCGCUAAGUGUGUGCGAGUGCUUGUCUGUCUGCGUGCGUGAGCGAGCGAAUAGACAUCUGCGUGCCUGUGCGGAUGCGAUACAAAUACGCUGAUGUCAUCGGUUUGCAUUGCCUAAGUUUGUUCACGAUGUAGCCAGCGUUGUGCGCGCCAUGUUUGUGUCCGUUUCAUCACAAACAGGUUUUGCUGUGGGGGGGCGGGGGGGGGGGCACAGAAUUAACGGACAAUAUUUGGUCUUCCCUCGCGUGUCACUUUUUGUUUGUCCGCACCGGCCAGAAAGACAGCAAACCCGAUCGAUGAGUCAACAUCACUCGUGAGAGCGACGCCGGCCGCUUGGGGUGCGCAGCGGAAUUCUGAAAAAAACCUCUGCAAUUUCUAAAACGAAAUUCAAAACUCUUUUUUUUUUGCUCACAAAAUACGCACGAAAAAACAAGGCUGCUGUUUUACUGCACGUCUUAAAUUAACACUGCAAAUCCAUAGUAGUUGUAACUGAUGAAAAUAUAUAUAAAUAUUUUUGACCCCACCCCCCCAUCUAAAUCCAUGUCAAUCAAUAGAUCUUUAAUUUGAUGGGGACAGAGUCGUAGAUCAAGCUAUAAACUUAUUCGAGUUAAGGCCCAGUAAGGUCCGCGACAUGCAACGCUAAAUGAUUUCAUGCUGCCCCCGGUGGCUCGUUUGUUGUAUUGGCAUCGGCAAACAUGAUUCUGUCACAAAUAUUCCUCGCUCAAAAUCGACUUAUCUUAAUUUCCAUUUUAUAUUUCGUACGUUCUCGUGCCGCUAAAGAUGUGCUCAAGAGCUCUAAUCAGUUAGGAUUUAAUUCAUUUCACGUGGGCCCGGUUUGACUUCAGGACAUUUGAAUUCCGUCUCUGAAUUUGGACAAAACGUUGAAUCUCUUAAGUUGAUUGUGAGGAUCGGCUUUCCCAGUGAACCGUCUACCCAAGUGUCCAUCCUCCUGUCCAGUCCAGCUGGAAUUACUGUCAAAUGUCGCGCCUCAUUCGACCUAACUAGCCGGGUUGUACAAUGAGGAUGUUUUCUUUCAUUUGUUUUGAAAUGUUGAAACAAAUUGGGUCAGAUAAGAAGAGCAAAUGUUCACUGUGUGGUUCUGCGGGCGUGAGGGCAGAUUGUGCUCCACUGUCUUUCCAGCGGCAACAUGAUCUUGGACAAUGCUGUGCUACAUUAAAUAUCAGCAGUCUUUCAGGCA